AUGAUUCUUCCGAAGAUUAUAUUCUUGUUUUAAAUUACGCGGAAAUGGGAUCUUUGCGCCAAAACCUUCACGCUGUAUCAAAAAUGAAAUGGAAGGAUAAAUUAGUUUUAUUAGAUUGUAUUGCUUCAGAUCUUCAAAUAAUUCACUCUCAAAAUCUUAUUCAUCGAGAUUUACAUAGUGGUAAUAUUUUACUAGAUGAAUUACAUAUCGCUUAUAUUGCAGACUUGGGACUUUCAAUAUCAACAAAUAUAGCACAAAUUACAGAAAAGCGCGGCGUUUAUGGAAUUUUGCCAUAUAUAGCACCAGAAUCUUUAGACAGUGGACAGUAUACAACGGAGUCUGAUAUUUACUCAUUUGGAAUAAUUAUGUGGGAAAUUUUGUAUGGGAAUUCUGUAUCUUAUAAUCAAGAUUUUGGAACACAACUCCAAUUAGAAAUCUGCAAUAAUGAUUUACGACCAACUAUUAUUAAUGACACUCCACAAUGCUAUAUAAACCUAAUGAAGAGAUGUUGGGAAAAACAACCAAUAGACCGCCCAUCAGCAAUAGAAAUUUGUGAAGUUCUUACAGAAUGGCAGAAUGAUGAAACUAUUUUAUCUGAAUUAAUUAGUUCUGAUGAAAUAUUAGAAAAAAUUAAUAGCACACCUUAUCCUGUUGACCUUUAUAAAAGCAAAUUUAUUAAAUAUACUUCAUUACUUUAUCAAGGUGGAUUUUGUCAGGCUUAUAUUUUCAAAUUGAGACCCAAAAUUUCAGCAUCAUUCGAUUUUAAAGCAUUUUCAAGGACUGAUGAACCAUACUCUGUGGAGUAUUGCAGUUUUUCGCUUCGCGGCAAUCUAUUGAACUAUAGUCGUGCCUAG